UAUAAUAAAUUUCGGCUCCGGGCUGAUUGCAGGCCAAUUCGUAUUUGUAUAGAUUGUAAACGAGGAGAAUCAUCAAUGUCCGGAACGACGUGUUUGUCUGAUCAGUUGACGGCUGACGGCUGACGGCGGCGACGUCGUCAAACUCUGUCAGCAACCAGUCUGACCCUCUCACGAACCCCACAAAUCCUCCACAAGCUCCCACUCUCACUUCCAGUCCCAGCUUCUGCAGCCCCUCCCUCUUCUUCUGCAGUCUAAUGCUCACUUCCAUGGCCGUCACCGGAUCCCUCUCUCAUCAUUGCCGUUCAAAUUCCAUUCCCCACCUUUCUUUUUUCUUCCAUCUGCUCAAAUCCCCCCAACCGUCGUUCUCACAAUCUCCCACUCUCCAUCAGGCUCGUCGAACUCUCAUCUUGGAAUCUGCUUCUGAAUCGGUUUCACUCCACCGGCUAUCCGAUUCUGACGCCGGAAUUGUUGAGGUGAGAUUGGGAAGGAUAGAAGUCAAGAAUGCUAUUGGGAUGGACAUGGUGAGGGGCUUGCGGAGUAGCUUUGAAGCUAUUACUAGAGAUUUGUCUGCAAAAGUUGUUUUGGUUUGCAGUUCAGUUCCCAAGGUGUUCUGUGCUGGUGCAGAUUUGAAGGAGCGCAAGAAAAUGACUCCAUCUGAGGUUCUGCACUUUGCUAACUCUCUGCGCUCUACAUGUUCAUUCUUGGAGGUGCUUAGUAUUCCUACUAUUGCUGCUAUUGAAGGAGCAGCAUUGGGUGGUGGACUCGAGAUUGCAAUAUCAUGUGAUCUUCGUACAUGUGGAGAAGAUGCAGUGUUGGGCAUGCCAGAAACUGGCCUUGCUAUAAUUCCUGGGGCAGGUGGGACCCAGCGGCUUCCUAGGCUGGUUGGAAAGUCAAUAGCGAAGGACCUUAUAUUCACUGGCCGGAGGGUCACUGGCAGGGAUGCUUUUUCAAUGGGUCUUGUCAAUUACUGUGUUCCUGCUGGUGAAGCUUAUAUGAAGGCACUUGAAAUUGCUCGGGUUAUAAAACAGAAGGGUCCAAUAGCGAUUAGAAUGGCAAAACGAGCCAUCAAUGGGGGAAUAGAGACCGACUUGGUAUCAGCUCUAGAAUUGGAAGGAGAGUGCUAUGAACAGCUCCUGGAUACAAAGGAUCGCUUGGAGGGUUUGGCAGCAUUUGCUGAGAAGCGAAAACCAAUUUAUAUGGGCGAAUAGGAAGAACAUAAUUAAUUGCUUAUCCAGAAACUGAGGAUAAGGCUAUCUACUGUUUUCCUUUCCCAGACCCUGUUAUAAGCUGGAGCCAAGAGGAACAGGCUGACUGCUCUCACAACUGAGCAACUUCAACUUGUUUCCUCGCAGUGGCGACAUGGCUCUCAUGUUAAAUUUAUUAUGAACUUUCUUCAACCAUGGAAUACAGUGUGAAUAAAAGGUGGUCUUGGGCGCUGCUGUAUCGUGCAAUUUGUUUGCCAGAAUGCUACUGGAUUAGGUUGGUAUAAUGUGUUUAUUUAAGUCUCAAAAUAGCAUAUAAGGAUAUCUUUACAA